UUGGAUUGCUUGUUUUCGUCACCGCUCAGUAGUUUGAUCUACCGUUGAUCUCACGGAUUUAUGCGGUUUAGUCUGCUUCAGUUUGGACUUAAAUUCGAAAGUUAGUUCCAGAGAGUCGUGGGUCUGCAAUGAGAAUGUAUGGUAGUGUUUGAAACAUAACAUGGCAGACUUUGAAUACGACGAUUCGACCUUUUACAGCUCUCGUCCUUUGGAGGAAAGAUGGCCGCCUUUGGGAGCAGCCAUCGACAAUCCCGCCGAAAACGGUGGAAAGAAUUCUGAAAUUUCGAGAAAGUCAGAUCCUGAAAAGAUCAGAGACCUUGAGGAUGAACAAGAGGAGUUGAAUGGCUCUCUACUUGCUCUCACAAGCCAUUUUGCCCAGGUCCAGUUUCGAUUGAAGCAGGUUGUUGCUGCUCCCGCAGAGACUAGAGAGCGUUUGUUGAUGGAAUUGGAAGAGUUUGCUUUCCAAGGAUGCCCUGAUGUACGUGGUCCAAAAGCAAAGGAAAGUCCAAAGAAGGCAUUGAAUGAUAAUGGUGCAGGAGAAAAUAACUUACAGGAAUAUGAACUGAAGCUGAGUGUGGAGAAAAGGAAACAAGCUAGCCUGAUAGGACAGCUAAAAGAUCAGUUAGAAGAAAUGGAGAAAUGUGUGGCUAUGGGAGCUUCUGCAAAUGUGAAUGAAGAAAUAAGCCCUGAAAAGCUUGUGGAGAAGCAACGGAUCGUGAUUGAGGAAUUGAAGACAAAAAUGGGUCUCAACUUAGAUGGAAUAGAAAAAUUAAGCAAUGAUGAUGUGCGAAAAAAUGUUGACAGUGCUAUAGGAGAGCUGAUGAAUCCUGUCAAGACAAAGGAAGAACUUGUUAAACAACUCACAACUCAAAUUGCUGAUCUAGAAAGAUUUGUCACCUUUUUACAAGGAGAAGUUGAGAAUGCAGAGGAGCGCACUGAACGAGCUAAACAAUGUCCGUGCCCUGUACACGCCAAAAGAGGCGGAAGAAAGCAAAAAGAUCGACUGAGGGGUAAAGGAGCGCACAGAUCAAUGGAAUAUUCAUCGGAGAGCGAAAACAAGCUGGAUUAUCCGUGUGACUACAGCUUACAAGAGGAUAUGUCUGGCAGUGACGAUGGUAAUGGGUGCUGUCUUCACGUGCCUCCCGUCCCUGAAACACCAGAGCAGGUCCAUAGUAAGCAGAGAAUCCGAGAUGCAAGCCUGGCCAUAAUCAAAAGAGCACUGGCAAUUUUACAGUUGUUUGCGAUAAGUCAGUUUGGGUGUACUGGGAAACAGAUUCAAGACCAGAUUAUAAGAAAAGCUACUUCAGUAGCCGCACCAGGAUACUUCGAAAAUCUUGCACAGCUCCAGCAAGCUGUGCUGAAAAUUAUCGACAUCAAAUCACGUGAGCCUCCCAGUGAUGGCGAAGAGUCUGGCUCUAAUUCUCCUCAGUCUCCGAUGGCCGUGCAAAGACGGUCUCGAAUUCGCACCAGUUCGAUGUCUUCUGAUACCACAGAAAGCAGUGACAGGUUUGAUUACGCCAGAGAUGCUGAACUGGUGAAUGUCGUUAGAAAAGAUCUGGCCAUGGCAUUGAAGGCUUUGUUUCAACAUGGACUAGUGAGGUCUGUCGACAAUCGUCUCAUAUCUUCCAAGUCACUCGUGGCAUGUAUUGUACCAACAACAAGGUCUUCCUUUCCCAAGAGAAUGCAUAUAUGGGAACUUUUCAAUGAAUAUUACGGAAUGAAGCAUGGUAGAGAAUAUAAUUCUACGCCUGCUAGACGGCUCUCUGAGGCGUUUGGUAUCGAAGUUCAAGGUACAAACAUCGUCACAGCCAAACAGACCCUGUUGAGAACACUGCAUAGAAUAAAAACAACACACGAACCCUGUAGGAGAAGCAUGGAUGCAAUGUUCAAAUCUUUGGUGUGCGCUGGAAUAAAUCAAAAAAGACUGACCCACUGGUGUCGUCUCAUCGUGAAGAGUUCGUCACUCUUGGAAGAACAUUACCAAUCAUGGUCGUACGUUUUAAAAACGGGAAUGAAUGAGGCUUUAGAACACUUGGAUCGUCUCAAUGAGUAUAAUUUCCAUAUCCCUGAAGAUUUGGCCAUAAGACAUCUAACCAAGAUAAAUGACGCCUUUGGAGACACUUGACUACUGACUGAAUGUACAUGAAUCAGUUCACUUGAUCUGAGAAUAGAAAAAAAUAUUAAAAGGCAAUUUUCUUUAAGAA